CUUCCGGGCGAUAGUACGAUACGAACAGCCGUGUUGAGUGCGAGUAUGUCGUCUGUGAUGCAGAGGGUUGUCGUAAGGCCGACUGGACCCCGUCUACGAUUUACGUAUCCGAACUAUGCGAUCCGCACUGAUUUCUGAUCGUUGCGAUUAAGAUUGACCAGAAACACGACAACAAUUGAAUUCAAUUAACACCUUCGUUGCGGGUGUGUGAAAGUGCAAAGAGCACAGUUCCGCGUCACUUUGAUCUGGAGCUGUGGACCUAAGAUAUUAGGAUCAGUCGCAACAGGUGAUCCACUAACAAUUGGAUUUCGAUUAUCAUUAGUAACGAUCAUAUGACUUCAUAGUGCGCGAUCCGCAGUUUUUCGCAUGGUGACGAAAGGUUCUGGAGUUCAAGUCGCCCCAGCGUGAUUGCCUGGGUCUUUGUUGGAUCGCGUGAAAUAAUCGUAAAUAAUUGAUGAUCUAAUGAAGGAGCAUGUGAAGUGAUCGAUAAUUAUAAAUGUUGCUUGUGGUGAGGAGAGUCGAAAAAAGAGAGCCGCGUAUUUGCGCUAGUGAUCAGUGAACGUGGCCUUUUGACCGAGUUUGAUGAUUAUUUACCCGCGAGAGUUUGCCAAAUUUAUUGUGAUUGCGAAAAAGUGCGGGAAUUUUGUUGGGGGAUCUAUUUUUGUGGUUCGUUGGAUUAUCAUUGAAUUGUGGUGACGAUUUCUUGUUUUUCUUAAUUGAAGUUAAUUUUGCGUUGGAUUAUUGCUUUGUGGUAGAAUCGUGCAGUGACCAGGAGUCAUACUUCGGAGAUACGAGUUCUGUUUUGGUAAUGAAAUCAAGAUCGAUCAAGGAGGCGCCAUUUGAUACGCAACUCAAUAGCAAAGGGACUCUGUCUUCGGCGCGAUCGCGAUGCAUCAAUAACGCAUAAGAGAUUGAUGACUAUUAUCACAGUUGGCGGCGGCGGCGAAUGCGAGUGAUCGCGCGACAAUCAACAAUACCUACAAAGUCAACAAUACCUGGGUUCGCUGCAAUCAAGAUCAUUAUCAUUGCAAUUCUCCACGACGUCUUGAGCGAGUCUUUGGCGUUUCAGCUAUUUCUUAAGACAAACCAUCUCCGUCAUUCCGGUUAAUGGAGAGCUGAUGCAAGCGAUCGAUGACGACAACCAGAUAUUUAAUAAACACAAAUAGAUACUUGUGUACAUCUAGAACGCAACCAAAGUAAUUUUGCGCAAGAUACCGCGGAAGACAAUAGUCAGACGAGGCAGCCGAGACCGUCAUUAAGGAAGAAAUACGACAUAUCCUCGAAACCCUGGUUGCAUCCGAUUGCGCUCGAUCACUGCAAGAUCCCCUCAGUCAUCCGGUUCAGUGCACUCAUUAACGAUAUCUCCGAGCGAAAAGUGCAUUAUCUUAAGUUAUACAAUUUACGAAAAAUAAUGAUCGAGGAAAGCAACAAAAAGGCAUCCGCUGUUUUGACGAAUAAUUUCGACGAUCACAAAUUGCAUCGACCGGAUCCCCGUCACCAUUGCCGCUGCACCAAGAACAACAUCAUCAUCAACCGCAUCAACAAUUCCAUCGAGGGAUCGACAGCCGACCUGGCCGCAGCAACGACAGUAUGACGACCAUAAUGACAUGGGAGUAAUCUAAAUUCAACUUGUUAUCGGGAAAAGACAAACCCAGAUCACAACAGAAUUUAGAUUUAUCUUAAUUUGAAUAAUAUUUAAAUUUCAACCAAUUUUUUAACCCGGAAAAAAAAAAAUCUCGAACGACCAGAAAGCCGCGUAGCAGAGCGAUCGUGCAAGUAAUUGAUCAUUAGUGCGUCCGCGGAGUUGAAGUGAAUGUAAAAGGAUUUUCAGGGUUUAUGGUGGAUUUUGUGGUGGAUUUUUUAUCGGAAAUUUAAUUGAGCUGAUCUGGAAGUUGUGAUAUACGGUACAGUGCAAACAGUGGCAAUAUGACGAAGUAUAAACCGCCCAAAAGGAAACGAGAUGACUCGGACUGCUGUAGCAGCCUCAAUCUGAUCAAGUACAUGCUGCACACAUUCAAUUUUGUGUUUUUGGUAUCGGGCGUAACGGUUUUAGGUGUAGCCGUUUGGACAAUUCUAUGGAAGCACGACUACGUCUGUUUGUUAACGAAUCUAACAUAUCUAGUCGGAACGUAUGCAUUCGCAAUAGCUGGAAUUUUGGCGAUUAUUGGAUAUCUAUUGGCCUGUUGUGGGAUGUUCUACGAAAAUCGUGUGUUAAUAUUAUGUUACAUAUUCUUGCUAGUCCUGGUCUUCCUACUUGAAGCGACAGUCGGCGGUCUAGCGUAUAUUUAUGAGAGUCAAAUCGAGGAUGAGUUACAGCUAACACUUAAGGAAACCUUCAUAACAAAUUAUGGAUUAGACGAGCGUAAAACGAAUGCCAUAGAUUUGAUGCAACAACGGUAUAUGUGUUGCGGUGCCAUAAUCUUCGAGGACUGGAAGGAAAGUGUUUGGUUCACAACGAAUCGAACUGAUCUGAUACGAACGAAAAAUGGUCGACUAGUGCCUGACUCCUGCUGUUUGACAGAAACGGACAUGUGUGGAACACGAGAUCAUCCUAGCAAUAUUCAUUAUACGGGUUGCAUUCACAAAAUGUCCGAAGAAUUUCGCCAACACCUGGGAAUAAUCGGUGCUAUUGGUCUUGGAAUUUGUCUAAUUCACAUCAUUGGUCUACUAUUGUCCUGUUGUCUCUAUAUAAAGCUCAAGGAUCCGGACGAUUGACAAUUACCUGCGGUCCAGGUCUACGAUUCGAGCUACCAAUCAGGUAGCUCCUACGAUCGUGGAUCUGGAUCGCAGCAAUUCAUUGAUGCCUCCGCAGUUGCGACACGGUCAUCCUUAGCAUCUCCGUCGUCGCUGAGUAAUUACGAGGAUGGCAUCAGCCUAAUAUCUAGUACUAAUAUUAAUAGCAAUAGUUUACCCCGUCGAAGUAAUGGCACAUUCCCAAAUCCAAUGAGCCAGAAGAAACGGAUACGUUUCGCACCUAUGACCAACGGUUCUACUUACACUAGUAGUGAUAGCAUAUAUCCACAGGAUGUGAGCUUAUAGUAGUCGUAGGAUGUAGUGGGUGACUUGAAUUGGGGUGAAAUGUUCUCAUAAGUGUACCGACUCCUUUCCAUUUGAGAAUUUCGUCCUCCACCAGUGAUUUCAUUUGCACCUAUCGACAAUGCACACCAUUUCUCAACUGCUCAUCCUAGUUUUUAUGUCCUUGGUAUUCCUCUGGGCACCAUCAGCUCAGUAUCCUUCGAAUAAUUAAAUUAUGAACAAAAUUCAUCCAUCGACACUGGGAGGGAGUAGGAUUAUGAGAGCAUUUCAACCCCCUCACAUAUCAUAGCUUUAUUUAACACUUCAAUUGUGAUAUUAAUUUCUAAUGCUGUAAAAUUAUAUUUUGUAAAUUUAAAAGUUUGAAUGCUAACCACAUCCAUAAACUUAUUGUGAACGUCUCGAAGAAUGCUUACUGCCAUUAAUACUUAAAAAGAACAGUCAAAAUAUUCGAACUAUAACGUACAAAAAAUUAUAACUACAAUUGUAACUAAAUAGUUUAACUUUAAUUAGAUUAAAAAUUACAAUAAUUCUUACUGAAAGCACACAACUUUUGAGUAGUUAUCCUUGUCAAAUCAAUGCGAAAAAAUACGCAACACUAGAAAGCAUAAUAAAUCAGGGAACUUCUCCACCAAUUCCUUGGAAGCCCAUCUCAAUUUGCAAUUUAGGAAGGACCCUUAUUUUCGGCCAACAACUUACAUCCAAAACUGUGAAAGUAAUACUUCAUAUAACCUUCAAAAACGGGGGUCAUUCAAUAAUCAAAGAGACAAAGUAGAAUAGAAUAAGAAGAGCUGGUUGUUUUUUAAUUAGGGACAACCCUAAUAUAUUUAAUCACAUAUUAUUGCUAUUUCGGGAACCAGUUGCUCCCUUUCUCAAUGCGGACAAUCUAAAUCAAAAAAGUCCUAGCCUCCAUUUUUGUUUGACAAAUUACAAACAAUGGCCGCCUUCAACUCCAUGAUUCAUCGAAUCUACACGGCCCCGCAAGAUGAAGAAACCAUCGAGAAGGAGAAGGAAUACAUCCUCACCAUCGCAGAGAUAAAAGGCUGUAAGAAAAACAUUAGAACAUCUGAUGAGACGGAAGGAGAGGCAAUUGAAGGCAAACCAGGAAACAACAGCUGAAAAAAAAACUGGAUUCCCCAAAAGGACUACGUCAGGCAAACAAAAAGACUAGUGGCAACCAGAAUCAAGGAACACUUAGAGGCAGCGAGGAUUAAUGAAAGGACAACGAGCAGCGACUGAAAUAAAAUCAUCAAUAGCCAAGCAUAUGAUAACCCACAACCACACAUCACCAUGGAGAACAUACGGCACGAGGAACACAGACGCUGGUCAUCCUGGAAAGUUGAAGGUUAUUGGGAUCUCGUCUUCAUUGUGAAGGCAAUUUUCGGUGGAUAUUAUUGAGACCUCCCUCGUGACCACAGCAAGGACAUCAUCCAAAUAUCUUACCCAAAAUCGAGGCAUUAUUCCCUCUUUUUCCAGGGGGUUACCAAUUGUAACUCCUGAGAGUCUCUUAUAGCAUCGUACGCUGAAAGUAAAAUAGGUUUCGCUCAUUCAUAGAUAGGGCAAUUUUUCAUAUUGACGAACCUCUUUUUUCCGCUCAGAGGAGCCUUCUCUCUUCAGAAGUUCUUCUUCCAGUUAAGAAAAAUAUUUUUCUAUUCACAUCCCCAGGACAACCUAAAGGUUCAAUACCAAAAAUCAGAUAUUACUCUGGGAAGAAAACCCUACUCUUAUAUAUUCGUGCCUAACUGAGGAUGUGCACCUUCUCUCUGUUGUUUUUCGAGAUUUCCCUGCGCUUGGAUAUAACAAUAUUUUCCAAUUUCCGAUCUAUUUUUCUUCCCAUCAGUAAUCGUACUCCCUCCGGCAUUCAAAUCCGCAGCUACUUUUGAGGGUGGCUCACUAGCAUUAAUUUUCUGCAAAGCGCGAAACUUUUGUUCCAAAGAGAUCACAUUGGUUUUUCGUUUGACGCCCCUAGUCACAUUCAGCAUUUAUUACCGACAUUCGACUGAUUCUUCUUUUGUUUUUGGUCACUUUUAUCUCUAGGCAGCAAUUGACAAACUUCUCUUGAAUGGAUCCUUUUCUUGACUGUCGUUCCUCUUGAAAACAUGCGCUUAGUGUUCUUACCGUUUUUGUCAUCCAAUGAUCUACUUUCAACUCAGAUUUUAUUGCUGGUGUUCUCGGUAGAGUGGUACUUCGCUUAAACAACUCCUUUUCUGAAUCUCAAAACUGGUAGCAUUAGAUACCAAGUUGUCCACCACCGAGGCACUUCGGUCGAGGAAUAUCUCCGAGCUCACUUUCUCAUUCCUAAAAGCUGCCGGUACUGAGGUUCCGAACCCCCGCACGAGAAGUUUCCUCUUUCUCACGUCUUCGAUAAUGUUUUUAUGUUUUGAGUAUCCUUCCCAUGAAUGUCCGUGCACCAGAGAUGAGCACACACUAGCCCAUACACAGUCAGAAAAUAAAAAUGCAUGAACACAUAUUUACAUCAAUAGAUAGGCCCCAAUCCGCUGCCUGGGUUCGCGCCUGAUGGUAGAUCUGACAACUCCUCACAGGUCUGUCUGUCCCUAUUUUUUUUUAAAGAGGUGGAAAUCUCCAGAAUUCAGUGUCCUGGACACGCGAGUGUGUGGAAUUUUUUUCUAAUAAAACCACCCCCGAAUCUCCCUACACUGUGGAGUCACCAUUAGGUAUUACAUCAUGGGGUCAAGCUAGCUUACUUUAGCUAGGUAUCCUUUCGGUUCUCGCAGCGAUCGCAACCGCGUUUUAUUCACCUCUUCUGCUCUUCGCAGUUGCGAUCAUGGAGUUGAUCGCAUCCCAAUUCUUCACAAAAUUUCCGGUGAUAGCAUUUCACCUAGAGUUUCCUAUUUCCACAAACAUCGGGCAUUGGAAGAAUACGUGCACUCGGUCCUCUGAGACCUCAAAGCAGCUUGGAUAAUCAGGUGAGAUAUCCAAUUCAGACCUAUAUAAGCGUUAACUAUAUCGAACAUGGCCGAUGAGAAACUGGGGGAGACUAUAAUUAAUCUCUCCAUAUUUUCUCUCCAGCCACUCCCUGAUAUUAAGGAUCAACCUAUAUAUUCAACUAUCGGCAAUCGGCACCAUUCCUGAGAUGGCGAACUCCACAUCAUCUGAGACGGUCCGAAAAGCAGAACCGACCAUUAGGACUGUUCUUCUGUAGACCGCGCUCAGUUAUGCAGCGCUGAUCUACAACCUAGGACUGCACAUUGCAAGAUGGAACUCACCACCUUAGCAACAAGUACCCUGCAAGUAUCCCGCGGAUCUCCUACAUUCGGCAUCAAUUUUGCCAGUGCCAUAUUGGCGAUUGAUCCAUUUUCACAAAUAUAGUCCACGUGUUUCUUAAAGCUGAGCUUUGCAUCUAUCAUCUCUCCCAAAUAUUUGAUGGCGGGCUUGGAAGUGAGGAUAUGAUUCUCAAUUCUAAUACCAGCGAAAUUUCUCUUUCGGCGCUUGGUGAUGAGGACCGCUUCCGUCUUUUCCUCCGCGAGUGCCAGCCCAAUGCCAUACAACCAAGCCUUCAAAGCACCGAUUGCUUCGCAUGAGUACAACUCAGCAUUUUCAAGAUGCCUUACAACCACUACCAGUGCAUUUUCGUCGGCAUGGCCCACCAUCGUGAUCCAUCGGAGCCGGAUGAUGAUGCAUGAUGUUCCACAAUAGUGGGCCUAACACGGAGCCCUAUGGGACACUCGCGGAGACUACGUACUCCUAAGGUCCAUCAUCGGUGUUAUACUAGAAUGUCCAUUCUCGUAGGUAGCUGUCCACAAUGGCAGCGAGUUAGGUGCGAAUACCAAUCGUCUCCGGAGACGGCGACCCCAAUUGACCAAAUUGAAUGCAUUUUUCACAUCAAAGGCUAUUAACACGCAAUAUUUCUCUGGUACUACCCUUUCCAUGAAUUGCAUUUUCAGCCAAGCCACCAACUGAUUUGAUGGCAUCAGUGGUUGGUCUGACAGCAUCAACAGCAGCGAAUGCAUGGUAAAGCUUACGGCCUUAGCGGCGCGAUGAGUCAGACAGCGCCAAUGCGAACCGCGAAAAUUGGGAAAAUUUGUUCGUAUAAAGCGGAUUUUCGGUGACGGCGAUUGGGAUAAACGGGAGUUUACGUGACUCUUUAUUAAAUGCGAAUUUUUUUUAAAAAAUAAUAAUUUUCCAACUUUUCCACCAAAAUUCAUGCGUUUGCCUCAAUGGGUUGCUGGUUUUUCUAUAGCGGCUGUAACAAAACCUUUCGUCUUGGUUUUUGAGCAAAUUUCCCAAAAUUUUUCGACAUCCUCGUUAUCCUUGACUAGUGCGCACAUAAUGCCUCCUUCAAUGGCCAAAACAAAUGAAAAUCGAAUCACGGUAGCUCCGGGCUGUAAAGCGGAUGAGAUAACACCACCCCAUUUUGUUGAUGGUUUCAGGGGUAAGUUGAGAUCGUACGUUGUCUGGUUGGAAAAUCAUACCUCUCCUCUGAGAUCCACGGCAUCUCCUCGCUCAUGUCUAGCUUCACCUUUUUCAAAAGUAUAUCUAAGCAUCGCUAUCGCUGUUCAUUGGCAUUCUUCGAGAUAAUCACAAAAAGAAAAGGCAUGCAGUAUCCCGAAAAACAAAUAACAUUACUUUCGAUUUUUUUUUUGGCGCGUGCGCUGGUGUGUUCCCACUCUCUGCUUUCCCUUUUAGAUGUUGGCUCAUAGGAACGAACCCAGGUAUAAACACAAGUCAAAAUUGUAUCAACGAACUGUCCAUCUUCUCAUUACCAUUACCAUUCGCUCGUCUAGCUGUGGACACACUCUCAAACUUGUAUCCUUGUGUGGCCGCGUAAGCUCCUUCAGAUUUGGCGGUGCUUAAGUUUGUUACUGAUAAUAUUAUGAACUGUACCAAAACUAGCAAUUAUUCAUCAUUCAUCAAUGCUACCAAUUGGACUUUUAAGUGAGGGAAUUAAGAUCAGUUGAGGCCGACCAGCACGAUAGUCUUUCCAAUAAUGCAAACUUAAGGCGGGAAACCACAUUUGAAGGCCUAUUUUUCACCACUUGGCUCUAUCGAAUGCCUCAUCUGAAUGCAAUCUCGAGGCUUUUGAAUCCUCAUCCAGCGUAUCAAGCCACCUUUGUUUCAGCCGGCCUUUUAGUCGUUUACCAUCGACUUCGAUGUUCAGGCCAAUCCUGUCAAGUGAAUUCUCGUUAGCACCAAUUGCGUGACCAUCAAAGACGCCUCUCUCUGGUGCAACCGCAUAAAAAUCGCGGAGAUCCUCAUUUCGGAUGUGAUCAAAACGUGUCACGCCACUAAUCCAAUACAACAUCUUCGUCUCCAUUACCGCAAGACGCCAUUCAUUGUAUUUUAUAGUUGGUCAACA